AUGCAGUCUCCUGGAAAAUCUCUAAAGGAAGCUCUGCUGUGUGCUCAGGGUGAAGAUCGACUCACUGUUGGAGUCUAUGAGAGCGCUAAAAUCAUGACUGAUGACCCGGACAGUGUGUCCUUCUGCGUCCUGGCCAUGGAUGAGGAGUUUGAGUGUGACAUCGCUCUGCAGAUCCACUUCACCCUCAUCCAGUCCUUCUGCUUCGACAACGACAUCAGCAUCGUCAGAGUGAGCAACAUGCAGCGUCUGGCUGAGAUUGUUGGUGACAAGGCGGAGCAGCUUGAAGAUGCCCACUGUGUCCUCAUCACGAACCCAGCUGAUGGGUCUUGGGAGGACCCUGCUCUGGAGAAGCUGCACCUGUUCUGUGAGGAGAGCCGCCGUCUGAACGACUGGGUUCCUGAGAUCAGCCUCCCCGAGCGUUGAUCUGGGCCUCGGCUCCUCUCUUGCUCAAAAGCUGUGAAGCUUCUUACCUGGAAAUACUCAUCCUGAUGAAGAGGAUGAGCCUGUUUCUGCUCAUCCCUGGACACUCCUGAGGAGGAUUCCCGUCCAGGCAGCACGGCGCCGGCCCGAGGGGCCUCCCCGUGAACCGUCGCCUCUUGUCCCGUCCAUGCCAAGAUGACUCUCAUUCUUUAUGUGAAUGAGGUCGGGUAUGCCACAAGAGCGACGCAUUGACCCUCAUUCUUUGUGCGGAUGAGGUUUGGAGAGGAAGGAGAUGCGAGUUGUGCCACAGAGCCAACGUCGCACGUUGAAAGCACGCGCAG